AUGAACGAAACCGUUGCGAAAUGUUCGCAAGAUGGGGAUGGAGAUCUUCCAUAUACCAUCCCGGAAAUGGUGGUCAUUGCCAUUUUAGCUGGUGCACUUUCAAUUGCCACCGUUCUCGGAAAUUGUAUGGUUAUGAUAUCCUUCAAAAUAGACAAACAACUUCAAACGAUAAGCAAUUAUUUUUUAUUCAGUCUCGCGGUUGCCGAUUUUGCCAUCGGACUCAUAUCAAUGCCUCUUUUUACGGUGUCGACCAUAUUGGGCUACUGGCCACUAGGUAGACACAUAUGCGAUACCUGGUUGGCUUUAGAUUAUCUAGCAAGUAACGCAUCAGUUUUGAAUCUUCUAAUUAUUUCAUUCGAUAGAUAUUUUUCCGUGACUCGUCCACUCACGUACAGAGCUAAAAGAACGACAAGUAAAGCAGCAAUAAUGAUCGCGUGUGCUUGGGGGAUUUCCCUCCUUUUGUGGCCUCCCUGGAUAUACGCAUGGCCAUACAUAGAAGGAAAGCGAACGGUUCCAGAAAAAGAAUGUUACAUACAAUUUAUCGAAACGAAUCAUUAUAUUACUUUCGGCACAGCCAUUGCUGCCUUUUACGUACCUGUUACAGUUAUGUGUACUCUGUACUGGAGAAUCUGGAGAGAAACUAAAAAACGACAAAAAGACUUACCUAAUUUACAAGCAGGAAAAAAAGACUCGAGUAAAAGAUCAAAUUCAAGUGACGAAGCUGUCGAUUUAGAAGACUGGAAGAGAACAAGGUCUGAAUCGGGAGUCGUCGCCUCGGAACUUGGCGAUGGAACUUCCGGAUUAAAUGCAACAAAUUUGGAAAAUCAAAAUGCCGCACAAAAAAGGGCUGCGAGACCAUUCACAUGGGCAUGGAUAAGAGAUUGGUGUAUAUCAUGGUGGCAUGCCGGAAGAGAAGAUGACGUAGAAGAAUACGAAGAUACACCGAGCGAUAUGGGUUAUGCAACGCCGGUUUCCGUUGAAACACCUUUACAAUCUUCCGUUUCGAGGUGCACUUCUCUAAACGUCAUACGUGAACCUUACGCACAUUCAUUUGGAAAUUUUCAACCGGCGACGCCGAGAUCUCAUCACGUCGUACAUCAUAAUUUUGAUUCUCGUAGCCUUCCAACAGCAAACAGACUGACAUCAAGAUCCCUCUCGAAUGAUUCUGUGUACACGAUAUUGAUCCGUCUUCCUUCAGAUUCUGCUGGAUGUAAUGGUAACGGACCAGCGGACGGUCCCUCCAUAAAAAUGAUAGAAAAUGAAAAUCCACUGCCAAUCAAGAGUAAUGCAGAUUGUACGGUUGGAUUUCCAACGAGUCCGGCAUCGGGACACGGUAGACGUUUAUCGCAAAUGCCGGAUGUUAAAAUAUCGACCAAUUUAAAUAAAAAUAUUGGAAAAUCCGGUGGUGCGAGUAAUUCAAAAUUACACGUUGUUAACACCGCACCCAUUGUUAAACAUCAUCAGAAAAAAAAGAAAAAAACGCAGGAGAAAAAACAAGAUAAAAAAGCGGCCAAAACACUGACUGCCAUUCUUCUUUCAUUUAUAAUAACAUGGACGCCCUACAACGUACUCGUUUUAUUGAAACCCGUGACGACGGGUUAUGCAUGCAUACCCCAACAACUUUGGGAUUUUUUUUAUUAUCUUUGCUAUAUAAAUAGCACAAUAAAUCCCGUUUGUUACGCACUUUGUAACGCAUCUUUUAGACGGACCUAUGUUAGAAUACU